AAUUUGUUAUUAAUGAGGGUUUGAUUGAGUUCUUUUAAACGAUGAAUGGCCGUAGUUGGAAAUUAAGAAUUAAGAUUAGGCACUGGUAAUUGAAUGGGCGAUUUGUUUCAAAUGAUAUUUUACAUUUUAUAGGAUUUCGGUAAUUCAGUUUUGAUUAUGCAAUUCAAACCGAUCGAAUGUGCCCAAAUGUUCACCUAACGACACCGUUCUACUCAAGCAUGAAAUAUUAAUUCCACCCGCCUAAGAAAAAAGAUUUCCCGCGCAAAUGUUCAGGUUAUCUUCCAUUCAUUCGUCAAAAUUACACUGAAAAAUUUCAUCCAUAGAUAGAGAUCAUGGCCGCCGCGCCCACCGCCUCCACCAGCGGUGGAGACCAAGAGCCACCGCCACCACUAACAGACACCGAGAUCGUAAACCUGGCCCAUCAAAGUAACCUCCAUGAUUACCUUUUCUCUGCAUCUUCCCACGCUACUCUCCUCUCCUACCUUCACACCCGCUCUCGUUCUCCCACUCCGUCCAUCGCCGUCUCCGAGUACACUCUCUCUCUGCUGUCCCUAAUUUCCCUCUCUCCACACCACCCUUCCCUAUCUUCCCUCCUAUCCUCUCUCCUCUCUGCGUACACCCGCCUCUUCCUUUCUUUCCAAAUCCCACACGAUCCCAAUUCCCUCAAAACAAUCAAUCUCUUCGCCACUCUAUUAAAAUACGUCCCUGUCAAAGAUCUCGAGUUUAUUGUUGAGUCAAUUGUAAUGGAUUUGUCAAAAUUAUUGGGUUCCGAAGAUACCCAGAUACUCGAUAUUCUUCCGGGUUGUUUUAGCUGCUUGUGUGCUGAGAAAGGAAAGGAAUGUGCUAAUUUGAUAUUGGAUAGGAUUUUUGAGAGUGAAUGGUCAAAAGUAGUGUUGGUGAAGAUGGUUUUUCUUGCAAGGGAACUUGCAGGAUUUCUUGAUAAGGUUAGAGCGAGGGAGUUGUUGGAGAAGGUGUUCAAGGGAAUGAAGAGCGUGGACUUGCAGGACUUGCCUUUGCUUUCAUAUCAAUUAUUGGUUUUGGCAUCCAAGGGGUUCAAUAAAAGGGAGGUGAUUGAAGGGAUUAUGAGGUUUUUCGGGUCUGAAUUGGGAUCGAAGGCGAGUUCCACUGUUAGGCAAGUUGAAGGGACAGUUUUGCUUCAUGUUAAUUUUGCGGUGAAGCAGGAUCCCUCUCUAGGGCAGGAGGUUAUAGGGCUUGUGAAGUUGGACUCUAAGGCUCUUAAUCAUUUUGCUGUGGCUGUUUUAUUGUCUGUUGCGAGGGUUAGGAGGUUCAGUGAGAGUUCCAUGGGGAUUUUGAGAACUGCUGUGCUUGCUGCUUAUAGCGAUUAUAAGUUUUCCAGGGACUGUCUGUGGUUACCAGACGGUUUAAAGAAAGAGUAUCUGCAAAUUGUCCAAAUGGUGGAGAAGUCUAUAUUGAGAGCUGUAAAUGAGAGCAACUAUGGAAGGGAGCAUAUCGUUCCUUCUAUUGUGCAGUUUAGCUUUGCAUUGCUAGAGUCGUUGGAAGGGGGAAACCAAGGAGACCUCUGCAAUUUUGGUGGUCUGUUGGGAGUUGAAGAGCUUAGUGUUCAGAUACUGAAAAAUUUAUUUGAGAUCCAUGAUAUGGCAAGAAAUGAGAUUAUUGAGCAGUGCAAGUUGCGGGUCCUUUCUUUGAAGCCAGAACAAAGCAUACCAGUAAUAAGACUGCUCUUUUGCCUGGUUCAAAGUUAUCCUUACCCAGUGCUGGAACACGUUUCUCGUCUGAAGGAAUUAUUGGAUUAUUUCACUUUUAUGCAUGGAAAUGUUGCCUCAUGUCUUGUUGCUGCUCUAGCUUCUCUCUUCAAAUUUAACCGUGAUCUUCGGGAUUACACCAUUUUGGUUGUUCGUAAGGCCAUGUUUAAACGAGAAGAUGCAGUUCGUCUUGCAGCAACAAAUGCUAUUAUUAGUGUCCUAUUGGCAGAAAAGCAAUCCACAAGAGAUGGCCUAUUUUCUCUUCAAGACUCAUCAAGCCAAGCAAGUUGCAGCCAGCAAGCUGAAAUACCCUGUAGCUAUUCUUCUGGAGGUCUUUUUCAAGAGUUGAGUGGUUUACUACACAGAUGUCUUUAUCUGCAGGCAAAAGUGAGGAAAGCCAUGUAUCAUGGUCUUUUGAAGCUGGUCUUGGUGGAUCCAGCAAGUGGGGGAGCUGUACUUGAUUUCCUCUUGCCUCACUUCCUUCAUUUUUUCAAGGAGGAUGAUGAUGUUCAACUUCAAAUUAGUGGCUGUGUUAAAUCAGAGGGUGGCAAGGUUGUCAUUGAAGAGCCUCUAGAUUGUCUUCUAUCUUGUGUUUGUUGGAUUUUGCUCCUUCAACCACAUGAUAAAACCAAUAAUCCAGAUUCCCUAUGGGCAUGUUUUGGUUUCUCCUUUUCACAAGAUAAUGAGGUAGGAAGAAAUCUGUCUGGUGAGGCAUUCUCCAAGGCUUUCUUGCACAUUCGGAAAUUUCUAAAGAAGGGAAAUUUGGAAGGUUUGAGAGACAUUCUUAGUUCGACCCUGGGUUCUGGUUCUACAGCUGUAGAAGAAGAAAAUAAAAAAUGCUGUGCAUUGAUUUUAUCAGGAACUAUUGAAGUGGUAUUGAAUACUAUUGCUAUUGAAUUGGAAAAAGCGACAGAUUUGAAGAGGGUAGAUCUUGAAAACGAAAUUCUUGAGUUUGUUAAUUUUCAUGAGUCACUGGAAAAGUAUAGUUGUGUAAAGCAGAGCUCCGUUGUCAAAAGUCAGAAUGUACGAGCUAAUGCUCUUGAUAUGCCUUCUUUCAUCAAGGACGGAUUGACUCAAGAACAGAUUCCCUUCUUGGCAACUUCAAGUCUCUGUCAGCUAAUGAAAACAGCACUGAGUCUAUACAAUAGUGAAUGCUCUAGAAGUUCUGCAGCUUCCCAGAACCAUAGCCAGUUGCCCUCAAGGGACACAUUAAAAUGCUUCAAGAUUAUUCAUUUUGUCUUGAAUAGUUCCCUUCUUCACAUAAGAUCUUACCCCACUGGAAGAAAAGAAGAACCAUUGAAGACUUUAAUUUAUGGGGAAAUCAAAUUAAUGGGGCCUCCUUUGCUGAAAUUAAUUUGCUUGCUUAACUCAGGGCUAAACUUUGCAACAGAUCAGAAAAAGGAAAUGAAGGGGAAAAAAGCUGUUGAGGACAGAAAGGAGCAUCUUCACCUGGCCUUAUUGUGUUUGAAGGAAUUGGUUACAAUUAGUUUGAAGAAUUCUUGUUCAACUGGCUUGCUUGAAGAUUUGCUGUCAGCCUCUACUCUCAAGUAUGAUUUAGAUGAAGAAUAUGAAGAAAUGUCCAGGAUUGGUGAUCAACAGAUAAGAAUCAAGGUGAUUUUCAUUGUCAAAAUUCUGAGGCCACUGUUCGCUGAGCUUCUAGCGCAAUCUUCUUUUCAUGAAAUUGAGAUUCUCUGUGAGAUGUUGAUGAUGGUUUGUGAGAAAUUGCCUUCAAAAUGGAGGAAUUCUAAUGGAUCAUGGGGUAUUCAUGUCUGCAAAAGCAAUGGCAUUAGAAAUUCCAGGGUCGCUAGAAGUGUGGCUGCACUUGCAAUCUCUUUAAGCUCGCCGCCAGAUGAUUUAAUUGUGGCUCAGUACAUGGCUAAGGAACUACUGGAAGUCAUUGGAUUGGAGAGGAACACCCAAGUAGAGAUGUCUGAAUCAUACCCCAUAAUAAACCAGUCAACAAGCACUGCUAUAAGUUCGUGCAUACUGAAAUUUAUUGAAGCCUUUAUCACUGACAUGCAUUGGACCAUGAAAAAACUAAAGAUGUUUUCUUUGGUAUGGCAAAAAAGCAUUCAUCUUAGUCAGAAUGGAGAAGAUGUUUCUGGAUUCGCAGUUGAGGAUAAUCUGUACUUGAGGGCUGAAGCUGUGGUGAAAGUACUAUCUUCCUUUGUUUUGAUGAACCUGAAGGACCCCCAAGCAGAGCAUUUGCUGAGAUUGACUGCAAAGUUUUACAAGCAUUUGGCUCAGAUGUCAAGACUCAGGAUUGCACCUAAGGGAUGCAAACAACUCAUCCCCAGUCCAACUUUCCAGAGGCUUGUGGAAAUAACCUGCAAGCAGCUCACAGUUCCUCUUUAUAAAUUUGUUGCGGAAUUACAACGGGGACAACAAGAAAAUCCUAAUACUAAGGUUAUCAUCAACAAGAUCAAGAGGGAGAAUAAAUUUAUUCCUGAUCUGAUUUUUCAGAUAGAAGAUUAUGAGAAGUAUCUCAUCCGGCUUAGCAAGGUGAGCAAAGUGAAUUUACUGAAGCAUGCCAAGCGUAGCACCUCCAGGGAUUUCAGAAUAUUAGAUAACAGGAACAAUGGAGAAGAUGCUCCAAAUAGCCAUGACGCGGCCAAUGAUAGAGCAGGCAGGUCACAUGAUUCGGAAGACACUGAAUCAGAAAGGGUUUCUUCACCUCAAAUGGAUAGUCCUAAGGCUGCAGAGGAGUCUGACGGCGAGAAUGGACAUGGAGUUUCCAAUGGCAAGAGAAUAAAGAGGGAUAAUAAUAGAGUCGUGCGGGACUCUGAUGAUGAGACAUAGGAAGAGACUUUCGGCUUGAACAGGAGCCUUACACAAUAUAAGUACCAAAUUAAAGCUCAUGUUAUAGGUUUCAAAAUCCAUGGCCAACCUCACCCUUAGAUAACACUGGAGUUGUAGCUAUUAUUAAUAAUAGUGGCUAACAUUAUGGUUGAUAGUGUUGGAAAA